AUGGGGUGUGGUGAAUUCUUGGUCAAGUACAUCUUGUUCUUCGCGAACUUAGUGUUUGCGUUGGCUGGCCUGACGCUCCUUGGUCUGGGCAUAGCGGUGCAGCUGCAAUCCACAGACAUCGUGCAAAUAGCUGACUACAAUAUACAGAUAGCUCCCAUCACGUCUAUGGUGGUGGGAGGCAUCGUCUUUUUCAUCGCCUUCUUCGGAUGCUGCGGAGCCAUCAGAGAGAGUAACUGCAUGCUGGUUACUUACUCCAUCUUUAUGCUGUUGCUGAUGAUUAUCAAGCUGACUCUAGCUAUCCUGAUCUUUGUGAAGUUGGACGAAGUCGUGGCUAAAGUUCCCUUCUGGCUCAACGAAUCCUUCAAACAAGACAUGGUUUCCUUCCAAGCUAUUGAAAAAACGUUCUCUUGCUGUGGUCCUGAGGGUGCCAGCUCAUAUGUGCGCACUCCCCUGUCCGCCACCUGCUGUGCCACCGCCCCUUGCACCACCGCCAACGCCUACAGCGGCUGCAAUGAACAUGUGCAGCAGUUCUUCCAAACCUUCGGCCUCGCCAUCGGAAGCGUCAUGAUAGUCAUCGUGUCCAUUGAGUUGGUGGCUGCAGUGUUCGCCCUGUGCCUGGCUAACACGGUCCGCAACAAGAGCAGGAGAGCUCGCUACUAA